AUGUCGAACGGACCUGCGAAAUCUUCUCCUCGCGUUACCUUUGCCUCCAUAACUCCUAACAACCUCGGCACAGUCCGCAAGCUGAACUCGGUGCUCUUUCCCAUUAAAUACAGCGAGAAGUUCUACACAGACAUACUUUCGCCUGAGGUCGAGGACUUUUGUAAGCUCGUGUAUUAUAAUGACAUCCCCGUUGGAACAAUCUGCUGCCGGUUGGAAAAAAAGGACGGCCAGAAUGUUUUGUACCUCAUGACGAUGGGCGUACUGGCGCCAUACCGGUCAAGAAAACUAGGGUCUCAAAGUCUGGAAUUGGUCAUGGCCGCCGCGGCGGAACACACCAAACCGAAGAUUGAUAAAAUUUAUCUUCACGUCCAGGUCUCCAACCAGGACGCGAAAAGAUUCUACGAGCGUCACGAUUUCAAAGAAGUUACUAUUCACAAAGAUUAUUACAAGAAGAUUACUCCGCACGAUGCAUGGGUACUUGAGAAGAUAUUUCCGUAA